AUGGGUCCUCCAUGGGCAUUAGUUCUUCUAAGGAGAAUCUGCUCCCGCGUGGGCUCUCUGCAGGUGGCAGUUCCUUCAGGAGAUAAUCCACCUUGCUCUGGCACAGGGUCCUCCAUGGGCUGCAGUUUGUUCAUGGUGGACAAUGGAGCAGAUGACUGGAGAAUAGCCAUGACUUAUGAGCGUAUUUUCUUUAUCUGCUUGGAAAUACUGGUGUGUGCUAUACAUCCCAUACCUGGGAACUAUACAUUCACAUGGACAGCCCGGCUCGCCUUUUCUUACGCUCCAUCCACAACAACGGCUGAUGUGGAUAUUAUUUUAUCUAUACCAAUGUUCUUAAGACUAUAUCUUAUUGCCAGAGUUAUGCUUUUGCAUAGCAAACUUUUCACUGAUGCCUCAUCUAGAAGCAUUGGAGCAUUAAAUAAGAUAAACUUCAAUACCCGUUUUGUUAUGAAGACUCUAAUGACAAUAUGUCCAGGAACUGUACUGUUGGUUUUUAGUAUCUCAUUAUGGAUAAUUGCUGCAUGGACUGUCCGAGCUUGUGAAAG